GAAGGGAAAAAAUAGGAAAGGUUAGGGGGAAGAAGCGUUGCAUCAGUGUCACGGCAAAAAUUAAAAAGCAAAUUAAGAAGCAGCAGCGCAAGGCAACCAGCUUUCCAUAUCUAUUUAUAAGCUCCCCUAUCGUCCAUUCCUCCCUCCACACCCAAGCUCCAGCUCUGCAACAAUGGCGUCCGAGAAGGUCGAGACCGUCGUUGCAGGAAACUACCUGGAGAUGGAGCCGGAAGAAGGCGAUUCCGGCUCUGCCAAGAGCAAGCUCUCCAAGCUCUUCUGGCAUGGCGGCUCUGUCUACGAUGCUUGGUUUAGCUGCGCUUCUAAUCAGGUUGCACAAGUGCUGCUGACACUGCCUUACUCAUUUUCCCAACUGGGGAUGGUUUCCGGGAUUAUUUUCCAGCUUUUCUACGGGCUGAUGGGAAGCUGGACGGCUUAUCUCAUUAGCGUACUCUACGUGGAGUACAGAACCAGAAAGGAGAGGGAAAAGGUUGAUUUCAGGAACCAUGUUAUCCAGUGGUUUGAAGUUCUUGAUGGGCUCUUGGGAAAGCACUGGAGGAACAUUGGCCUAUUCUUCAACUGCACUUUUCUUCUAUUUGGAUCCGUAAUUCAGCUCAUUGCUUGUGCAAGUAACAUCUAUUACAUAAACGACAAUCUUGACAAGAGAACUUGGACUUAUAUAUUUGGAGCUUGUUGUGCAACCACAGUCUUCAUACCCUCAUUCCACAACUACAGAAUCUGGUCAUUUCUUGGCCUUAUGAUGACAACUUACACUGCUUGGUAUCUCACGAUUGCUUCCCUUAUCCAUGGACAGGUUGAGGGAGUGAAGCACACAGGCCCAGCCAAGAUAGUUCUCUACUUUACAGGGGCUACAAAUAUUCUUUACACCUUUGGUGGCCAUGCUGUGACAGUGGAGAUAAUGCAUGCAAUGUGGAAGCCACAGAAGUUCAAGCUAAUAUACUUGAUAGCAACACUGUAUGUGCUCACACUAACACUUCCAUCAGCCAGUGCUGUUUACUGGGCUUUUGGGGACUUGCUCCUUAACCAUUCCAAUGCUCUAUCUUUGCUCCCAAGAACUGGGUUCAGAGACACUGCUGUCAUCCUCAUGCUCAUUCAUCAGUUCAUAACAUUUGGAUUUGCAUGCACUCCUCUCUACUUUGUGUGGGAGAAAUUCAUUGGAGUGCAUGAAACAAAGAGUUUAUGCAAAAGGGCUUUGGCCAGGCUUCCAGUGGUGAUCCCUAUUUGGUUCCUUGCAAUCAUUUUCCCUUUCUUUGGCCCCAUCAACUCGACUGUUGGAUCUCUUCUUGUCAGCUUCACUGUAUACAUUAUCCCUGCUUUGGCACACAUGAUCACCUUUGCUUCUCCUUCAGCCAGAGAGAAUGCAGUGGAGAGGGCACCAGCAUGUGUAGGAGGAUGGGCAGGCUCGUACUGCAUGAACAUCUUUGUGGUGGCUUGGGUUUUGAUUGUGGGGUUUGGGUUUGGAGGGUGGGCAAGCAUGCUCAACUUCAUACACCAAAUUGAUACAUUUGGCAUCUUCACUAAGUGCUAUCAAUGCCCUCCUCACAAGGCUUGAUCACUCUGCUUGCUUGAUCUUCUCCCCACCAUUAAAAUGAUCAAUAGUUUGUAAUACAUGUUUAAGGUGUGUAAAGAGAUUGGUUUUUCUGUGACUUCCCCUUCUUUUCUAUCUUUUUUUCUCUUUUGUGUGUCAAUCUAUAUCCUCUUUUUCCCUCUCUA